GGCAGGCAGGCAGGCAGGCAGGGCUGCUAAGGGUAUGCUUGCUGCCCUACUUGUCCUGAUGGACCAGCCCCCCAUGGCGCCAGGGCUGUAGGGCUUCCCUGGCUAGCGACUCAAUGUGGGUUCCUGUCUCAUUCUGGGCUGCUCUCUUUCUCCCCUCUCCCCACCACCAAUGCCACCACCUCUGGGGUCCUGUCUCUGCUGGCAGGCAGUCUCUGAAGUGGCUAUCGAGGAGGAAGAGCCACAGGAAGUACCAGAGAGCCCCCCAGAGGAGGACGGGGGAGACAAGGAGGACAAGGAGGCCCUUUAUUCGCCGUGCCCCCCACCUGGAGAACACCUGGAGGCAAGCAUAAUCGAGGACUGCGAGGAAGAGAGGCCCCCGAAGACCCCCACUUGCCUGGGCUCCAUCAUCUCCCGGAUUCGCAAGAUCUUCAGAAGAGCGCUGCCGCCAGCACCACCAGUGCCACCAGAGCAACCCAGUCUUAAUCCUUGUGGUCCAAACUGGAGAGGAGGAAUAAAAGAUCUGAGCGCGGAGGCAAGCGGGGCGAGAAACCCAACCCCAUGUGGCCCUACGCUGGCGUCCCACACGGCCAGCCCCAGUCCUAAGCCCGACAUUUGA